GGUUUGACGAAAAAAUUAGGGGAUUUUGUCUUUAUAUUGGUUAUGAGCAGCACACCAGAACAACGGUCUGUAUCCUUCCUUUCCUCAGCCAAACAAGAAAAAAAGAACAAUGGCUGAAAUGAGUGUACCCACAACUUCACUUCAAUCCUUUACUAAAUCACCACUCUGCUCGUUCUCAACCAGAAAAUUUAACUCUUCUUACGGCCGUUCAGCUAUUGUAUCUCCGAGACCCAGGUUUUGUUUAAUAUCUAAAUACAAUUCGUUUCGUUUCUGUGCUGCUCUUGUGAAGGCUGCGACUGCUUCUUCUCCACAGAGAAAUAAAACUGAGGAAUAGGCUAUGCAUUAGCUAAAGAAUUUCUCAAGGCAGGUGAUAGUGUCAUUAUUUGCUCCAGAUCAGAUGAAAGAGUCCUAUCUGCUCUUGACAGGUUAAGAGUUGAAACAGGGAAGCAGCAUGUGUGGGGCACCAAAUGUGAUGUUAGAGAAGGAGAAGAUGUGAAGAACUUAGUUGCCUUUGCUAAACACAAGCUUAAAUACAUCGACAUAUGGAUCAAUAAUGCAGGAUCAAAUGCGUAUAGCUUCAAACCUCUGGCAGAAGCUUCUGAUGAAGAUUUAAUUCAAGUUGUCACUACAAAUACUCUUGGUUUGAUGAUAUGCUGUCGUGAGGCUAUAAACUUGAUGCAGAAUCAGCCUCGAGGAGGUCAUAUUUUUAAUAUUGACGGAGCUGGCUCAGAUGGAAGACCAACCCCCAGAUUUGCAGCAUAUGGAGCGACUAAGCGCAGUGUGGUGCACUUAACCAAAUCAUUGCAGGCAGAAUUGGAAAUGCAGGAUGUUAAAAAUAUUAUAGUGCAUAAUCUGUCGCCUGGGAUGGUCACAACUGAUCUUUUGAUGUCCGGUGCCAACACGAAGCAGGCCAAGUUCUUCAUUAACAUUUUGGCAGAGCCAGCAGAUGUGGUUGCAGAGUAUUUAGUCCCAAAUAUAAGAUCAAUACCGACCAAUGGAUCAACAAAGGCUACUUACAUACGUUUCCUCACGGGAUUAAAAGCCUAUUCCCAAAUAUUUUCAAGGAUCGCGUUUGGUGCUAGAAGGAAUCGGUAUGUUCUUGAAGAUUGAUGGGUCCAAAUGGAUGGAUAGGUCCAAAUUUAUUUCUUGUCUUGCUGAUCACAAUUUGUGUAUGUCAAUGGAAGCCUUACCAUUUUUGACGAAGACAAAGCCAUGUAAGAUGUUGGGAUGGAAUGGCUGUAUAUUGCUUCUUAUUGACCUACAUAGAUAAAUAAUCAAAAGAAAUUUUCUUUUCACCAAA